UUUAAUAAAAGGUAUCAUUUUGGAACCAAGAGUUCUACAUUUUUGCAAUCAUUUUUGAGGCAGCAAAUUGAUGCAGCAUUUAUGCAAAACGAAAUCACUCUCUGGGAAUCUUAACUGCUUUUUGGGCUUUUUUUUUUUUUUAAAUAAGAUUUGGCUUGGAACACGAAAAAUAAGUCCAAAUCCAUGAGCCAGUCCAGAACCAGAAGUGACCCUACAACCGGCAAACAUCCUCCAAUCCCACCUGGGGCUUCAGAUAUUUCCAAAGUCUUUUGGCAGGCACCCUACAUGUAGGUUCAAGCCCGGAGGCUUGGGAUUUGGAUGCACCCAAGUGUUGCCUGCCCUCAACCACAUAGCUGCAGGAGCAAGCUAGGGAGGAGCCUCUCAGUGGCGAUGCAUACGGGGUGCACGGGGGUGACGUGCAUCCUGUCAGGCCGUGCUCCCUGCUUAGGCAACGGGCAGGGGGGCAGGCAAGAGCGCCAGUACCCCCCCUUUUUGACUGCUAACUGCAAAGUGGGGGCACCGGAUGAAGCACUGCUGGCGCUUUCAGGAGCACUACUGACCCCCCUCCAGUUGGUGAGAUUGGUUGCCGGGGAACCCCCUGGUUGCCGACUGGCCACUGUGGGGGCAUGUGACCCCCCACGACUCAGGUGGCACCAGUGGCCCAUGGAGCCUCCUAUUUCCAUAAGGUGGGCUUUAAGCUCCAACACCUGGGCGGGUAUUAAACCACAGCAGAAGAAGAGUUAUCCCGGGGAGGGCUUAAAGAAAACUGCCUUCACCACCCAGAUACACGGCGUUUCCCCCGCCAGGUAAGUAACUGCCUUUCGGGCUGGCUGUCAGCACUUCCUUCUGACUACUUGCCUCAAAAUACGGAAAUGCUUCAACUUGGAGCACCCGGUACUCCCUCGACGAGCCAUAUAAAGGAAACAAGAGGACUGAUUUGCAUGCUGGUUUACAUAUUUCCUCCGAGGACGAUAGUUUUGCCGAAAACACGAGCGUUUGGAGCUUCCAGCACGAUGAUUUCGGUAUUUCAGACCUGCCAACGCCGGUGUCAAUUUUGUAGCCUGUCAGCUGUUUGCCCUACUGGCUGCCUUUUGGUUUCGCAUCUAUUUGAGCCCCAGUCAUGCCAGUUCUGUUGUUCGUCAUGCAUUUGCCACUCUCUUUGGAAUAUACUUUGCUGUUUUCUGUUUUGGAUGGUAUUCCCUUCACAUUUUUGUACUCGUGAUGAUGAGCUAUGGCAUCAUGAACUUGGCGAGUAUUUCCAACAUCCACAGGUACUCCUUUGCUGUAGCCAUAGGAUACCUCACAUUGUGCCACAUUAGUCGACUAUGCAUAUUCCAUUAUGGUAUUCUUACUACAGAUUUCUCUGGUCCACUGAUGAUUGUUACGCAGAAGAUCACAACUCUUGCAUUUCAAGUCCAUGAUGGGAUAGGUCGACAAGCUGAGGACCUCACUGCAGAGCAGAGUCGACUUGCUGUAAAAACAAGACCUUCUUUACUGGAGUAUUUAAGCUAUCUCCUCAAUUUUAUGAGUAUCAUAGCUGGGCCUUGCAGCAAUUACAAGGAUUAUAUAGCCUUCAUUGAAGGGAGGCAUGUACAUAUGAAACUUUUAGAAGUGAACUGGAAGCAAAAGGGUUACGAUAGACUUCCUGAUCCUUCUCCAACUGGAACUGUGGCAUACAAACUCUGUAUCACCCUUGUAUCUCUCCUUUUGUUCUUGACACUUACCAAGAGCUUCCCUGUUACAUACAUCAUUGAUAACCAGUUUAUCAAUAAAACAUCCUUCAUGUCAAGACUCGGUUACCUGUAUGUUGUUACACAAGCAUCGAAGCCAAAGUAUUACUUUGCAUGGACCUUGGCAGAUGCAGUCAACAAUGCAGCCGGCUAUGGGUUCAAUGGUGUUGAUGAGAGAGGCAAUUUUCGUUGGGAUCUGUUGUCCAACUUAAAUAUCUGGAAUAUUGAGACUGCAACAAGUUUUAAGGUGUACCUUGAGAACUGGAACAUUCAGACAGCUGCCUGGCUGAAGCGUGUUUGCUAUGACAGGGCUCCAUUUCACCCUACAGCUUUAACUUUUAUCCUGUCAGCCCUGUGGCAUGGCAUCUACCCUGGAUAUUAUUUUACAUUCCUCACUGGAAUCCUUAUUACAUUAGCAGCCAGAGCAAUCAGGAACAAUUGCAGGCAUUAUUUCCUGUCUUCAGAGCCACUCAAAGUGAUCUAUGACAUUAUCACAUGGUUUGUCACUCAACUGGCUGUCUGUUACACUGUUGCACCUUUUGUUUUGCUGGCUGUUGAGCCCACCAUUAAGUUUUACAAGUCAAUGUACUUUCACAUGCACAUACUAGGCCUCCUGGUAUUGCUGGUCUUACCAGCCAGACGUCAAGACCACCCCAUAAAGCGGCUUCAAAAUCGGUUCACAGAAAACUCAGUUAAAAACAAGAAAGAAAAGUGAUACCUCAAAGGCAAACCACUGAUCUUGGGAACGCAGAGUGAUGUACCAAAAACAAACAAAACAAAAAACAAAACAACAACAACAAAAAAAAAACAA